CCGAUGACCGGCCCAUUAACAACAAUCCAUUGGUGUUAUUAUUUUAACACAAUUUUGGCGAAUAGGCUUGAAAUUUCACUUCACACAGAAGCCGUUUUAAAUCUCAUAGUCUACUGACUACCAGCUUCCCAAUGAUCGAAUCCGAGGCAGAUUCCGAACGGACCAAGCUGAAGCGGGAGAUCUCCGAACUGCGGGCAGCGCUCAACAGGAAGGAGCAAUGUCUGCGGGACCUGGAGGCCGCGGUUUCCAGCGCCGCCAGUGCAGCGGAUCCGGUUGCGGAUGAUGGUGUGGAACCGCAGGGAGAAUCGGGAGUCCACACCAAAUUGACCAACGACGACAUAGCCCGGUACAGCCGCCAACUCAUAUUGCCGGACUUCGGGGUCCAGGGACAGCUAAGGCUAAAAAACAGCUCCGUGCUGAUUGUGGGCCUUGGCGGAUUGGGCUGUCCGGCGGCGCAAUACCUUGUGGCAGCUGGAUGCGGCCGCUUGGGACUCAUCGACUACGACGAUGUGGAGCGCAGCAACUUCCACCGCCAGAUUCUGCACUCCGAGGCUCGGUGCGGCAUGUCCAAGGCGGAAUCGGCGAGGAUUGCCCUGCUGGAGCUGAAUCCCCACUGCGAGAUCCGCUGCCAUUCGAGGCUGCUGUACAGCCAGAACGCCCUGCAGAUCAUCCGUGGCUACGACGUGGUCCUGGACUGCAGCGACAACGUGCCCACGCGUUAUCUACUUAGCGAUGCCUGCGUGAUGCUGCGGAAGCCACUCGUCUCCGGGAGCGCCCUGAAGAUGGAUGGUCAGCUCACCGUUUACAGCCAUGGAAAUGGGCCGUGUUACAGGUGCAUCUACCCAGUGCCUCCGCCGCCGGAAGCGGUCACAAACUGUGGCGACGGUGGAGUCCUGGGCGCUGUCACUGGCACAAUUGGAGCGAUGCAGGCGCUGGAGGCCAUCAAGCUGAUUGUGGGACUGGGCGAUGUCCUCGCCGGUCGGCUGCUCAUCUUCGAUGGCAGCAGCGGAUUGUUCCGGAACAUUCGCAUCCGCAGCAAGCGACCCAACUGCCAUGUGUGCUCUGCCCAGCCGCUAAUCACGGAGCUAGUCGACUACGAGAUGUUCUGUGGGAUGCAUGCCACCGAUAAGGAUAGUCCCUUGCAACUGCUGGCGGCAGAUGAUCGCCUUUCGGUGGAGGAGUACCGCGAGAAGGUCCAGGCACAACCCCAUUUGUUAAUCGAUGUAAGGCCAACGGCCGAGUUCGAGAUUUGCCAGCUGCCCGAGUCUGUAAAUGUGCCGCUGGUCGAGAUCCUGGACGAUGGCUACUUAAAACGCUUCACCAAGCAGCUGGAGGACAAGGAGCUGCCCAUCGUCCUGCUCUGCCGGCGGGGAAAUGACUCGCAGAUCGCCGUUCAGCAUGUUCGCAAUCGAUUCCCAAUGCAUUCCGUUCGAGACCUGAUUGGCGGACUGCACGCCUGGACGAACAAUGUAGACCCCAGUUUUCCGAUAUAUUAAUCCAAUGAUUGUUAUGCGUAUGAGUUUAUGUAGAUUUAUUCAUUGUUUCUUUUGCGAUUGCGUUGGUUUCUGUCUGUUUUGUUAUUACAAAUACCAAGCCUAGUGUAAUAAAAUGAAUAAUGCAGUUUU